UCAAAAGAAACAUCCAAUAAAGUCAUUUGAUGAUGUUUUGCUUGAUUCUCUUAUCUUCUUUCAUUGCUGUCAAAGGAACUGAAAAUUCAUUUUAUCCAUUUAUUAUACCCAUCAGUACAGGCAGAGGCCAUAGUCAACAUACCACUCAUGUCUUCACUCACCCUGUGAUCAGAACUCAGGUGCUUGUGCUAGGUGCCGGUGAUCAUCAACCCCAAUCCAGUGAUGAGCAGUAUAGGGACGGCUAUCACUAUGACCAAAAAUUUCAGCAGACUUAUAAAUACCGACCUAAUGAUUACAGAGACGAAUCUUCUAUUCAUCAGCCUCGAGCCCAUGGUUUGUCACCAAGCGCCAAAUAUUCAAUUCCCGUAGAACAGUCUUCCUGGAAACCAAUCCGAAGUAUUCCAUUGGACUAUUUACCUUUGAAAUAUUUGGGUGAAGAUGGACCUGCAGUUGCAAAAGUGGUAUAUGAAUCGAUGAGCGCAUCAAAGCACAGCAGUGAUGAUGAUGAUGAAGGUCCUUUGAUAUUGCCAGUUGGUAUUAAAAAACUUCACAAUCCCCAGUUAAGGCGACCUCCAAGAAGAAAACCGGAAUACUUUUAUGGUAAUUCGUUAACAGAAGGUAGACAUACAAAAGAACCGCAAAUCUUUAAAGUUCAAAUAGGACAGAAAGGUACUUUUGUGAGAAGUGAACAGCGUGCGCCAAAUAGUGUUCAUUGCCAAUGCCGUGUACCAAAAGACUGAGUGAAAGAUAGAUUUAACUAUUAUUUUUAGUAAUACUAUUGAUUUUUUUAUAUGU